GCCGCGUGCGCAUGCGCGGUGAGUGAGGGCUGGGAAAGAUGCGGAGCCCAAAGGCAAACAAAGAGGCUGAAAACUGAUAAAGCUUUUGUGAACGGGAUGCUGGAGGCACAAGCAUCAGAGGAUAGUGCGCAGGAAAGCAGUCUGUCCUUCUGGCGAAGCUGUGUGGGCCCACAUCACUUCUCCAGCAUCAGCAACGGCACUAGAUUUGUCGAGCCUGGACUUGCCAUUGCUGCCUGAGCCCUGGAAGAACUUAGAGGAGAUCCUCAAGAGGCUGAGGAGCAGCAUGGAGGAGCAGGUGAGCCUGGCGGAGCUGCCUGCAGCUUUGGAGAACACACUCGUGGUCCCCAGGAGCAGGCUUCAGCAUCCAGCUGUCACCUCCUACGGAUACAAACUGCAGUGCCUCAGGAUCCAGGUGAGGCAGAUCGUCAGGGAGAGGGAUAAGGCCAGGCUGGAUUUGGAGAAAGCAGAGAGACGCUGCCUGCAGCUUGGCAGGGAGUUGGACAAGCAGUACGUCGCUCUCGAGCACACCCAGAGCAAGCUCAAGGAUUUUCAGACGGAUAUAGAGGCAAAAGAGCUGCUUUUACAGCAAGCGGUCAGUCACCAAGCAAAGCUGGAGGCUGAUAGGCGGUUCCUCCAGGACAAAGAGGCCAGCCUGCAAGAGAGAUUGAACCAUACAGUGAAGGAGAACACGCAGCUGCAAAACAAGGUCAGAGAGAUUGCUGAGAAACUGGCGGCCUCUGAGAAGCUGGUGCUGGAGCUGCAGAAAGAACUCAACCGUGUUGUGAAGGACAAGCUCGGCCAGGUGGAGCCCCACAGCCCAGAGCUCUCGAACCAGAGUGACUGCUUUGCAGAGAUUGUCCAGGAGUACGAGCAGCAGUGCCAGAGAGUCAAGGUGCUGUGGGACCAGAAUGGAGUGCUGCGAAGGGAGCUGGAAAGGCUGCAUCGACAGCUACAGGAGAGCAGGGCUGAGAGAGGGCUUCCAGCAGGAGGUCUGUCCUCACACGGCUCCUCUCAGCCAGCGUGCCGCCCUCCCAGCCCUCUGGCUCCCACUUCUCUGUGCUCAGAGACGUCGCUCUCAGUGGAGCAGCUCCAAGAGCAGCUGUGGGAUGCGAAGGUGCAGCUGGGAACCAAGAGUGAGAAGAGCGAGGGGGAGGUCUCCCACCUGGAUGUCAAGAUGCGUCAGCUGGGCUGUGAACCGCCUGAGCUCAAGGCUGGCCAGCUGCAGAGCCAGAGGCUCGCGGAGGCUGAGCAGCCCCGAGGAGCAGAGAUGGCCGCAAGGCCGGAGCAUCACCAGCAUCAUGCAGCACGUUGGAUGGAGACAGAGCUGCUCCAACAGCAGCUCAAGGCCUCGCAGGAGAAGCUCUUAGAAGCCGAAGCAAACCUGAGCCUGGUCCAGACUCGGCACGCUCUGCAGUUGCGGCAGGCCAAGGCCCAAAUGAACGACAUGGUGCCGAAGAAGCAGUUCGAGCAGCUUCAAAGCAGCUUGAGGCAGGAACAGCGCAAGGUUCAGCAGCUCCAGGAAGACCUCCACCGGCAGGCUGAGCACACAUGCAGGCAGCUGGUGAGGACUCAGGAGGAACAUGAGCGUCUGCUGCAGGCAGCUGUGGAGCAGGCAGAGGGGCUGGAGGACAGCCUGAGGAGUGCCGAAGCUUUGCUGGCGGAGAGGGCGGCUCGGCUCGAAGAUGCCCAAGCCCAGCUCUCGAGGAACAAACUGCUGAUGGAAAACCUCUGUGAGGAGAACAGGGGGUUUGUGCUGGCCCUGCAGGCAGCUGAGCUGAAGCAGAAGAGCACUGAGGAAAAGAACCAGCUGUUGGAGGAGCAAGCCUCAGCUCUGAAGCAGCUCAUCAGAAAAAUCACACCAGCAUCUUUGAGUGGGUGAUGGGGCACCCACUGUGGCAACCCUGCCCCUAGUCCUAGCCGGGGUUUGUCAGGUGUGGAAGGGUAGGUAUGGCCGGGUUGGGAAAUCAGCCUCAUCUUCCCUGCUCUUGCCAGGAUUUUCCUGGGUAGAAAGUAGAAAACAGAGAAACCAGACAGUCCUUUAAGGAAAUUGGCCCUGUGUAUAGCUGAAUUUUCCUGCUGAAAGCACCAGCUUUGCUGCCUCUUUCAGUGGCAGAGUGUGCUGCUGUAAGCCAGGUCUGUCUCGGGGCAGCCAGCCCCCAGGAGCUGCCUGCACUGUCGGCGUGUUUGGUGGUGGUGCAGGUGCUCCCUCUCCGUGGAGGGUGGCUGCUGGGAUCACGCUGUUACAGCUGGAAAGCCAGGGCAGGAGGGCUGGCAGGUUCCUGCAUCUGGCUCACUUCUAACAGGAAAGCCGUGUUGUGGCAUUAAAAUGUUUGCAAAUAUUACAGCA